AUGGAUAAGUUACAGAACAUUAAAUCUAUUAAUCUUGAGCAAAUGGUUAAAGUCAUAUCGCUCUCGAAACGGGUAAAGAAUCCUUUGGAUAUAAAGAAGACAUUUAAUAUAAGCCUAAUAAACAUCCAUUUUAUACUACAAAAUCAAAAUGAAAUUUUAGAACGCUGGAGACAAAUAGCAGAUUUAAAUGGAAUAGCUAUAGAGUCCUCUGAAAAUAUAAAUCUAGACCCAAUCAAACUACAAAAAUCUUGUUCCUCCAUAAAAGAAGGAAAUUCCGAACAUAAAAAUAACGAUGCAAGCAGAACUAUGGAACAUCAAGAAACACAUAUAUUAAAUGAAAGUAAUGAAGAUGUGAUUUUUAUUGAAACGCCUAUCAAGUGUAUAGACAUUACAAAUGAUGAUACUGCUGCUUAUAAUAAUAUUGUUAAAAUUAAAAAAGAGCCUUCUUCACCUGUCUCGGUCCGUAAAGAAAAAAGAUAUGCGACUUCAUUAAUGGAUUUUCCACCCCUGAAGACCAUAAAGCUGGAGUUGGAACGAGAAAAUACAAAAAGUCACAAUAUUAAACAGGAAUCCUGGGAGUAUAUUGAAAAUGGAACUAACAUUCGACCAGUACAAAUCAAAAAUGAAAUUGAUGAUGAAAUUGAUGAGUUUGAAGAAUUUCUGAAUAUUUUAGAUGAGCAAACAAUAAAUCCAGAAUUGGAAUUUAUGGAGGAUGAUGAAACAGAGUACAUUGAUAUCUAUAAAAUUGUGGACACUGAAGACGAAGAUGAUGAAGGUCUUGAUAAUAAAGAAAAUGCAAAUGAUUUGCAUAAAACUGAAAUUGAAAUAAGUUCAAUUAAAAACGAAUUAAAUAAUUACAGUUGUCCACAAAUUAAACUCGAACAAAAUGAUAAACUAAUAGAUACACUGUUGGAACAAACCUCUAAGGUAGAAAAUAGCACCACAACUAAUACACCAGCUGUUGGGGAAGAUGAUGACAGUGAAAUGAUAGAACUUGUUUAUGAAAUAGAAGAAUCCAAUGAUUUGCAUAAAACAGAAAUUGAAAGAAGUUUGAUUAAAAAAGAGUUAAAUAAUUACAGUUGUCAAAUUAAUUACAGUCAACAAAUUAAACUUGAACAAAAUGUUGAUAAAUUAUUAGAUACACUGUCGAAACAAACCUCUAAGGUAGAAAAUAGCACCACAACUAAUAUUCCAGCUGUUGGGGAAGAUGAAGAGCUAGAAGUUGUUUAUGAAAUAGAAGAAUCCGAUGAUUUGCAUAAAACUGAAAUUGAAAGAAGUUUGAUUAAAAAAGAGUUAAGUAAUUACAGUUGUCCACAAAUUAAAAUCGAACAAAAUGAUAAACUAUUAGAUACGAUGUCGGAAAAAACCUCUAAGGUAGAAAAUAGCACCACAACUAAUACACCAGCUGUUGGGGAAGAUGAUGACAGUGAAAUGAUAGAACUUGUUUAUGAAAUAGAAGAAUCCGAUGAAGAUAUACAAAAUGAAUUAAUGGAAAUAAUUAAUAAACAUAAAAAUACUAAACCUGAAAUUUGUGCAUAUGAAAAUCAUUACGGAAAUAAACAAGAAAUUGAACAAGAACCUCUAGAUGAGGAUGCUGCAAAGGAGGGGGAGGAAGAGGAGGAGGAAGUUAUAACAGUAUUAGAAAUUGUAUCCGAUGAUGAAACAGUUGACUAUGACAAACAAGAUGAGGAAAGUGAUUUACUAAAACCAAUAGAAGUUAUCAAAAACUCUAAAAGUCACAGGAAACAAAUACAUGAAGAUAUUCAUGGUACAUACAGCACAGUUUUUUAUCCAUCUAAAAGUAAAUCUAAUGUUAAUGACAAUAUACCUUCAACAUCGCGAUCAUUUCGAAAAGAGACUGUGCCAACAUCAACACCUGCAAAUAAAAAAGCUCCCUUAUGUUUCAACCUAUCCGAAGAUUUAAUAACUUUUACUAUUAAGAGUAAUAAAUGCGUUAAUCAUGUUUUAGAGUAUUUUCAAAGACAAAAAGAUGUAGAUGAUGUUAAAAGAUUACAUAAAUUACAAUUGUGCUUUUGUGAUAAAAAUUAA